AUGGCCAUCUCCGAUCUCGUGAAGUCGACUCUCGGACCCAAAGGAAUGGACAAGAUUCUGCAGUCCACCAGCCGUGGAGGCGGGCUCAUGGUGACCAACGACGGAGCGACCAUUCUCAAGGCUCUACACAUUGACAACCCUGCCGCCAAAGUGCUCGUUGGACGAGGAGGUGGGCGGUGGCACGACGUCAGUGGUGGUGCUGGCAGGGGAACUGCUGAGAGUGGCGGAGAAGCUGGUUACCACAUGUAUCCGUUGUUUAUUCCCUUUUUAUCCCCGUUAUUGGCAUCUCCAGACAUCUCCAAGGUGCAGGACGACGAGGUGGGCGACGGCACGACGUCAGUGGUGGUGCUGGCGGGGGAACUACUGAGAGAGGCGGAGAAACUGGUUACGGCGAGGAUUCACCCCAUGACCAUCAUUUCAGGUUACCGCAUGGCCCUGGACUGUGCCCGGGAGGUGCUCAUCAGCAAGAGCAGAGACAACAAGGACGACCCAGCCAAGUUUAGGGAGGACCUCCUGAGGAUCGCCAAGACCACCCUGAGCUCCAAGAUUCUCUCCCAGGACAAGGAGCACUUUGCCUCGCUCGCAGUGGAUGCAGUGCUGCGUCUCAAGGGCAGCACCAACCUGGAGGCCAUUCAGAUCAUUAAGAAGGCCGGUGGGGCUCUGUCGGACUCAUACCUUGAUGAAGGGUGA